UGCACGCAUAUAUUUUGAGCAUGAACUAAUUAUGAGUAAUUACCUUACUUUCUAUGACAGGAUUCAGCUCAGUCUGCCUAAAACGGAUUGUCACUAAAUAUGUGGCUGGUUUGAAACAGAAAAAUAGAAAUAGAACACUAAACAAAAUGUAAGACCCUGCAAACUUAUCUUCAAUCUGUGUGAACUUAAAAAUGAAGAUAACGUCUUGAAGAAAGCCAAACGCUUAGCAGAUUUUGCUUUAAUCCUGCGUCUGGAUCAUGAGUCUGUCAGUGGCAAGUGCUCUUUACUAUCCUCGCGGUGCGCGUGCGGAGUGCUACAAGUAUUUGAAGCGAUGAACAAAGGAUAUCAGCACAAAAUCCUACCUGAAAUAUCUUGAAGAGUGAGUUACAUCGUGGAUUUUCGGGGAAAGGAUGAUAACGUGUUGUUUUUGAGGCAAUAACCGGCUUUUUCGAGGAGCUGUUUCCAUUGCGCGCGAUGGGAGGUGAAUGGAAGUUGAUGAGCGCGCGCUAUGGUUCCUUAAAUCCAGUUUUAUGACAUUAAGUGUAUUAUUUUUUACCUCUUUUGAUUACAGAGCCAUGGAGAAGCGCAGAAAACUGUUAUUUUUCCUUUUUUACUUGAUGUCAAAGUUUUACCUUGGUGACCAGCAGGUCAUACGAAUUGGGGGCAUCUUUGAGACGCGGGAGAAUGAACCAGUCAGCAUUGAUGAACUCGCCUUUAAAUUUGCAGUUACAAGUAUCAACCGAAACAGAACCUUGAUGCCAAACACCACAUUGACCUACGAUAUCCAGAGAGUAAACCUCUUUGACAGUUUUGAAGCCUCCCGAAGGGUAUGCGACCAGCUGGCCCUGGGGGUCGCAGCGGUCUUCGGCCCCUCUCACAGCUCCUCGGUCAGUGCCGUCCAAUCCAUUUGCAAUGCCCUAGAGGUGCCGCACAUCCAGACGCGCUGGAAACACCCGUCUGUGAACAAUAAGGACAAUUUUUACAUUAACCUCUACCCUGAGUACACCUCCAUAAGCAGGGCUAUCCUGGACAUUGUCAUUUUCUACAAAUGGAAGUCUGUUACUGUGGUUUACGAGGACAGCACAGGAUUGAUGCGUAUGCAGGAACUGAUCAAAGCUCCGUCCAAAAACAACCUGAAGAUUCGUAUCCGCCAACUGGCAUCGGGAGGAGCCGACAGUCGCCCCCUGCUGAAGGAAAUGAAGAAAGAAAAAGAGUUUUACAUCAUCUUCGACUGCUCCUACCAAGUAGCCGCCGAGCUUCUCAAACAGCUGAUGUCGAUGGGUAUGAUGACGGAGUACUACCAUUUCUUCUUCACUACUUUGGAUAUGUUUGCUUUGGAUCUUGAGCCGUAUUGCUAUAGUGGAGUCAACAUGACAGCCUUCCGCCUCCUGAAUCUAGAUGAUCCGUAUGUGGCUUCCGUGAUCCAGAAGUGGUCCAUGGAACGCCAGCUGGCACCACCCAAACCUGAGAGUGGACUGAUGAGCGGCAUUAUGACUACCGAGGCUGCGCUCAUGUAUGACGCAGUGUUCAUGGUUGCCGUUGCGUCUCAGCGGGCCACGCAGAUGACAGUGAGCUCCCUGCAGUGCCACAGACACAAGCCCUGGAGGUACGGCCCGCGCUUCAUGAACUUGUUUAAAGAGGCCCAAUGGGAUGGUUUGACAGGACGGAUAGUCCUUAACAAGACUGAUGGUCUGCGGAAAGAGUUCAACUUAGACCUCAUCAGCCUCAAGGAGGAUGGCACAGCAAAGCGAGCGGCUGAUGCUGCAUCACAACCUACUAAAUUAUGGACAAAGAUUGGAGUAUGGAACUCUUAUACCGGCCUCAAACUGACUGAGAUGAAAGAAAGCAAAAACAUCACAGACUCUAUGGCUAACAGAACGCUUAUCGUCACCACAAUCCUGGAAAACCCUUACGUUAUGUAUAAGAAGUCUGACAAGGUGCUGUAUGGGAACGAUCGCUUCGAAGGCUACUGUCUAGACCUGCUAAAAGAGCUGUCGAACAUCCUGGGAUUCACUUACGAAGUCAGGCUGGUUUCUGAUGGGAAAUAUGGAGCUCAGAAUGACAAAGGCGAAUGGAACGGCAUGGUGCGGGAACUAAUCGAUCAUAUAGCUGACCUGGCUGUGGCUCCACUGACCAUCACUUAUGUCAGAGAGAAAGUUAUUGACUUCUCCAAACCCUUCAUGACCCUGGGCAUCAGCAUACUGUACCGCAAACCAAACGGCACCAAUCCAGGUGUCUUCUCCUUCCUCAACCCCCUCACCCCGGAUAUCUGGAUGUACGUGCUGCUGGCCUGUCUUGGAGUGAGCUGUGUGCUCUUUGUGAUAGCCAGGUUCACACCAUAUGAAUGGUAUAACCCUCACCCCUGCAACCCGUCUUCUGAAGUGGUUGAGAACAACUUCACACUGUUGAAUAGUUUAUGGUUUGGUGUUGCGGCUCUAAUGCGUCAAGGAUCUGAGCUGAUGCCCAAGGCUUUGUCCACCAGAAUCGUGGGAGGGAUUUGGUGGUUCUUCACUUUAAUCAUCAUAUCUUCCUACACGGCCAACCUGGCUGCUUUCCUCACAGUAGAGAGAAUGGACUCCCCAAUCGAUUCAGCUGACGAUUUAGCCAAGCAGACUAGAAUUGAAUAUGGAGCAGUGAGAGAUGGCUCCACAAUGACUUUCUUUAAGAAAUCAAAAAUCUCAACGUACGAGAAGAUGUGGGCAUUCAUGAGCAGCAGGAAGAACACAGCCCUGGUGAAGAACAACAAGGAAGGGAUUACCAGAGUCCUGACCACCGACUAUGCCCUCCUCAUGGAGUCCACCAGCAUAGAGUACAUCACGCAGAGAAACUGCAACCUCACCCAGGUUGGAGGCCUGAUCGACUCUAAGGGCUAUGGAGUUGGCACACCAAUAGGCUCACCCUACCGGGACAAGGUGACCAUCGCCAUCCUGCAGCUCCAGGAAGAGGGAAAGCUGCACAUGAUGAAGGAGAAAUGGUGGCGAGGUAACGGAUGCCCCGAGGAGGACAACAAAGAGGCCAGUGCCCUGGGUGUGGAGAACAUCGGAGGCAUCUUCAUCGUGCUGGCCGCUGGUCUAGUGCUGUCUGUGUUCAUGGCCAUUGGAGAGUUCAUCUACAAGUCACGCAAAAACAGCGAUAUUGAAGAGUGUGUCUCUUUCAGUGCUGUGAUGGAAGACCUGGGCAUAUCCCUCAGGUGCCACAAGGCGUUGAGGAAGAGAGGCAGACACAGAGGAAGAGCCGGCCUGUCUGGAGUCUUAUGUAACCCCAAACGCAUCCAGAGGAAAGAAACAAUGGCCUAGAUCCACCUCCAACCGCCACGCGAGCAAGGAGCAGCUCAGCUUUUGACGUACCUGCCGGUGAAAUCAAUCUCUGAGGCCAUUUGUUUUUUCAAUCAAUUGUUUAUGUGCUUUUUAUUCAUAAAUUUGCAGGUUUGUAUAUCAGUAUUAUGUGGGUUGUGUUGGUCUUGUGUUAAGUACACAGGUAAUAUCUGAACUGAAAAUGAAAGAAAUAAUUUAUUUUGAGAUAUUUAUUGAAGUACAAGCACACUGCAUUAUACGGUAGCA